AUGACCACUCGAGAGAUAGUAACGCUUCAAUUUGGUCACUAUGCAAAUUACGUAGGAGCACACUUCUGGAACAUACAGGAACUAAGUUUUGAUUAUACUGGAACAGUAAAAACUGAAUGCAAUCAUGAUGUUUUAUAUCGGGAAGGUCAGACAGCUAAUGGUGAGGUUACUUACACCCCUCGCCUACUUCUCGUUGAUUUAAAAGGUUCUCUCAAGACACUACAGACAAGUGGAGGUUUUGAGGAAUCAAAUCCAGAAGAAAAUGUUCCUUGGAAUGUGGUAGAAAAAAUUGCUGAACCUGAAGCCAAAAAGAAUAACUUUUUACAAGACAUUGAUUCUGAAGCCACAGAAAUUGUAAAUAAGCAAUACGAUUUGGAUCAAGAUGUUACUACAUGGACAGACUAUUUAUAUCCCAGAUUUCAUCCUCGUACCAUCAAUGUAAUCAAUGAAUAUCAGCAUGGAAAUGAAAAUGAAAAUUUCGAAAUAAACUUGUUUGGACAGUCGAUUUGGAAAUCAUAUUUUGGAGAUUCAUUUGCUGAUAAAAUCAGAAAAUAUGUAGAGGAGUGUGACAGUAUGCAGGGUUUUCAAGUAAACUUUGACUGCACUGAUGGAUUCGCAGGUCUUGCCUUAAGUUGUGUUGAACAUCUUUCUGAUGAAUACACUAAAAGUAUAUUAGCAUAUCCAAUUAUACCUUCAUUUUUUACUGACAACAACCCAACUACAGAAGAUGAGAGAGAGAAAUCUACCUUAAAAGAUUCAAGUCGAUUAGUAAAUAUUGCUUUAUCAAUUGAGGAAUUAUCACAGUAUGCUAACCUGUAUGUGCCCUUAUGCACUGGUGAGAAAGGCUGGCGGAAACCAGGAAAUCCCAGAUUAUUUGAUUAUAUUAGUUACAAGCCAGAUCUAUAUUAUCAUACUUCUGCCUUGUUAGCAUCCGCUAUUGAUACAUUAAGUCAAAAAUAUAGACAUAAGGGUAGUACCUAUACAAUGUCUGAUAUGUGUGCCGACAUGACAGGAUAUGGUAGAAAAAUGGCAGCGGCGUCACUUGGAAUGCCAUUUGCUAUUAAUGAAUCUGAAUAUCUUAUUGAAUAUUUAAAUAAUACCACAAAACCACUUUAUAAGUCUAUCACACCAAGCUGUAAGAUUGCAACAGAUAAAUUAUUUCAACUUAUAACUGUUAGAGGUAUACCUGAAUCAUAUUUAAAAGCACCAUUGAAACAAGCAAAAGAGCAGAUGAAUAUACCAGCAUAUAGAUGUAAUAAUGUUAAAGAAAUGUUUGAAUUGUAUUUCCAAGCUAAUAACUUUCUUUCAGCAACCAAUGUUACUGUGUGUGAAAAAGCUCUUGAAUUGAAAACACCAUUUCCCUCAUUUUUCUCUGAUAGUCUAAAUAAAUAUGGAUUUGUUACAAAAGGAAAUGAAUCAAUGAAGGUAGAGAGUUGUCCUGUGAUAGCCGGUUUGCACAAUGGUAAUUUUAUGGCUGACAUGAUUGAAAAACUCCACAGAGAUGUAAGCAGAAUUAAAUUUACAAAAUUGCAUAAAUUUCAACAAGAGGGGCUUGAAUAUGCAGAUUACAAAGAAAGCUUAGAUAGGCUAGCUGAGUUUAAGGAUAAUUAUGAAGAUAAUUUUGAACUU